CCCACCACGCUAUUUCACUCUCAGCCAUCGGCAGAAGAGCCGCAACAAGUAAGAGCAAGAAGAAGCUGCAGCAGACAAGUGGAGUUAAAGUUGAAAGAAAAAUACAAACGCACAAAAAAAAAAAAAAAAAAAAAAAGCGAAAAAGAAGGAAUACGGAGAACCGGGAUAGGUGGACGGAAUAUAACUUUUAGAUUUCUUUUUAAAAGAACUUUUCUACUAGAAGUCACUGGAGGUUUUUGCCAUCAUGAGGAUUUUCGUUGUUGCGCUCCUGCUGGCUCACUCCUUGGUGAUGUCCAGACUUGCCAGCGGUGCUGCAGUAGACCGUUAUGAGAGCAACAGGCAGCGGCACACCUCCGUUAUCAACCUCCUGGACACAACCAGAGACAGGAGAGCAGAGGAGGAGGAGGAGAGCCGGAGUGUGAGUGCCACCACAGGGGAUUAUAGCAAGGAAGGCGAGGUGGAGGAGCAUGAUGAUGAAUACUAUUAUGAUGAAGAGUAUGAAGAUGGCAUGUCUGGAGACCAUGAAGUGGAACUGCCACGAGUUGCCAUGUCAAGCAAACCCAAGGAUCCUUCUACCAUCCUGGAGGCUGAAAACACUGAAGAAAACAGAAGGAGAACAAAGGGAAGGAAGAAGGGGAAAGGAAAGGGAAGAAAGAGGAAUCCUUGCCUGAAGAAGUAUAAAGAUUACUGCAUUCACGGGACCUGCCAUUACCUGAGGGACCUCCGUGAGCCAUCGUGUGUGUGCCACCAGAAUUACUCCGGUGAUCGGUGUCAGUUCAUCCUGCUGCCGGUGCAUUCCCCCGAGGGCUACAACCGCACCACGGCUCUGGCCGUGGUGGCAGUGGUGUUGUCGUCUCUCUGCCUCAUCAUCAUUGGACUUUUAUUAAUGCUCAGGUUUCACAAGCGGGGAGCGUAUGAUGUAGAGAAUGAGGAGAAGGUCAAGUUAGGGUUAGCGUCCAACCACUGAAGAGGCAAAGAGAGACAAAGAUGCAGAAAUUCUACCUCAACUGAAAAUGAAAAGUGAAGAGCAACAGGAGGUCCCGGAGGAAAAGAGGAAGAAAAAAAAAAAAUGAACGUACGCAAAGAAGGGAACAGAAAGGUAUCUGCUCCGAUGUUCCGCUGGACGUUCGGAUAAAGAGUGGACAGCUGAAUGUAUUCCUGAUGGCUUCAGAAGAAGAAGAA